CGAGGAUUUCCGGCCCAAAGCACAACAUCUGAUCGAGAUCCGAAAACGUUUCUGAUUGCGUCGUCUCGUCACUAUUUCCUGCAUCUCUUCUUGUUUUACUCUCUCUUCUCUAGCUCUCGCGAGAAAACACAAGCCUGCUCUGUCAACAGCAGCACCCACGCACGCAUCCCCUUAUUCCCACUUCUCCCCUUAGAGACUCUAACCAACGAGGCUAGCCCGAAAGCCAUCCCCUUUCGAUCUCUUCCGGAUUGCCAAAAUCACCGCAUUUUUUACAAAGCCUCCCCAUCUAUUCGACAACAGGUUGUUUGCCGAAGUAAUAUAAAAGAGGUCCACUUUGGAACCCGCUUAAAUCUGCCCGCGCCACUCUGAGGAACUAUCAUCUUACCCGAGAUGUCCACCACAAAUACUCCCGCUACCAGCAUUCGACCGCCCAAGGACAUCGAAUGUUGGGGUCACAGAGGUGCCAGUGCUCACCUGCCUGAGAAUACUCUUGCCAGUUUCCGCGCUGCCAUCUCUGAAGGAUGUGACGGUAUUGAAAGCGACGUGCACGCCACUUCCGAUGGUGUUGUUCUCAUGUUCCACGACCCCACCCUGGAUCGUACCACCACCGGAAAGGGGUUGAUCAAGAAUCAGCCGUACAAGGAUGUCAUUGAGCACGUGCGAACCGUCAAGGAGCCGGUACAGCCUAUUCCCUUGUUCGAGGAGCUCGUCGCUCUCAUCAUGGAGCCUGAGAACCGACAUGUCUCUCUGAAUAUCGACUGCAAGAUGCAGAAUGACCCCCAGCGACUCUUCCCUGAGAUGGCUCGCAUCGUCACGUCGUAUCCAAACUACGAAAAAGACCUCAGUCCCCGUAUCAUCCUCGGCCUCUGGCAUCCCCUCUUCAUUCAUCCCGCCAUCAAAUACCUCCCUCACUGUCGCCGCUUCCACAUUGGCUUCUCCAUUCCCAUCGUGAAACAGUUCUUCUGGGAUACUUGUGAAGGCUUUUCCAUGGCUUUCCCUCUGCUAAUGGGUAAGGAAGGCCAGGCAUUCAUCAAGGAAUGUAGGGAGCAGGGCAAGGAGGUCACGGUGUGGACGGUGAAUGACGAGGCGGAGAUGCGGGUGGCAAUGUCGAUGGGUGUCAAGGCUGUUUUGACAGAUAAAGUCGGGGUCUUUGUCAAUCUCAAAAAAGAGAUGGUCGAACAUCCAGAGAAACUCCCGCUUCGAGGGUUGGAAGCCUGGACUUUCCCAUGGUCGCAUUGGAAGUACUAUUCGGUUGCACACAGUUGGAUGCUCCGUACCCAACUAGACGUCAUGCGCACUGUCUGUUUCCAGCCUGGUCCUCUGACCAUGCCGGAUUUGAGCGAGUUUAGCAUGGCUGCCAGUGGAGAGCAGGUGGAGGCUGAAGGUCCAACCCAAGGCAAGAAGGUUGGGAAGGAUGGAAAGGAAGAGGACCAGGACCAGGCGGAGAGGCUGCCCUUGAGCGCUUUGCCUGAGAAUGCUUUGUAGAGUUUCCAUAGGCUGCUAAUGAGGAGGGACAUACAAGUAGGAGAGAUUGCUGUAAGAUAGGUGUACGGACAUUGCAUAUGGGUUUUGACCUUCAUAGAGUGGAUGGGUUGGAAGGCAGAGGUGACAGGGAAGAGUUUCUUUUGAAUUCGCAUGCAUUAGUCUACAGUCUCG